GGGCGGGGUGGGAUGACCACAGCCCCGGGGAGCUGCUUCCCGGGUCCCUUUUCCUGGACCAGAUUUUCGCGGGAAGCCGGAUCCUCCUCGCUCCCGUGGAGUGAGCAAACAGGACAGUCCUCUUCUCCGGAAAGUUUCUCUCCACCCCAGCCCUGCGCCGGGGCUGAAGAGGCGCCCCCCACCGCCAGCAUCCUCUGAGCGAUGGUUUCUCCCACAGCUGCCCCCCAUCAAGUCCAGCACAUGUGAGUUGGCUUUGCUGUUGGUGACAGGCUUUGCGGGGUCCAUCUGUGUGCGGGGGUCGCAAGGUCGCUGAGCAGAGCCCAAGGGUGGCCGGAGGCAGCCAGGAUGCCAGCUCUCCCCAGGAACCCUGCUGCCUGCUGAGAAACAUGAUCAGCAAGUCCCGCUGGAAGCUCCUGGCCAUGUUGGCUCUGGUCCUGGUCGUCAUGGUGUGGUAUUCCAUCUCCCGAGAAGACAGGUACAUUGAACUUUUUUAUUUUCCCAUCCCAGAGAAGAAGGAGCCAUGCCUCCAGGGUGAGGCAGAGAGGAAGGUCUCCAAGAUUUUUGGCAACUACUCCCGAGAUCAGCCCAUCUUCCUACGGCUUAAGGAUUUUUUCUGGGUCAAGAAACCAUCUGCCUAUGAGCUGCCCUAUGGGACCAAGGGGAGUGAAGACCUGCUCCUCAGAGUACUAGCCAUCACCAGCUACUCUAUACCUGGGAACAUCCAGAGUCUCAAGUGCCGCCGCUGUGUGGUGGUGGGGAACGGACACCGGCUGCGGAAUAGCUCGCUGGGAGAUGCCAUCAACAAAUACGAUGUGGUCAUCAGAUUGAACAACGCCCCAGUAGCUGGCUAUGAGGGUGAUGUGGGCUCCAAGACCACCAUGCGUCUCUUCUACCCUGAAUCUGCCCAUUUCGACCCCAAAGUGGAAAACAACCCGGACACACUUCUCGUCCUUGUAGCUUUCAAGGCGAUGGACUUCCACUGGAUUGAGACCAUCCUGAGUGAUAAGAAGCGGGUGCGAAAGGGUUUUUGGAAGCAGCCUCCUCUCAUCUGGGAUGUCAACCCAAAACAGGUUCGGAUUCUCAACCCCUUCUUCAUGGAGAUUGCAGCUGACAAACUGCUGAGCCUGCCAAUGCAACAGCCACGCAAGAUUAAACAGAAGCCUACCACAGGCCUCUUGGCCAUCACGCUGGCCCUCCACCUCUGCGACUUGGUGCACAUUGCUGGCUUUGGCUACCCAGAUGCCUACAACAAGAAGCAGACCAUUCACUACUAUGAGCAGAUCACGCUUAAGUCCAUGGCGGGGUCAGGCCACAAUGUCUCCCAAGAGGCCCUAGCCAUUAAGCGGAUGCUGGAGAUCGGAGCUGUCAAGAACCUCACGACCUUCUGACUUGGGCAAGAGCUGUAGCCCGGUGGUUGCCCACUCCACUGCCUGGGUGACCCCCAUCUGUGGCUGUGGGGGUGCCUGGUGCCAGUAUGACUCACUCGGACUCACCUAUCCCUGUCUGGGGAGGGAGUCCUGGAACUGGCCAGGUCUGAGAUGAGGCCAUGCCCCUGGCUGCUCUGUGGAGCCCAGAUCUAGUCAGGGUGGAAGCACUUGGGGCUGCAGGAGCCCAGCCAAGGCAGGGGGCUUGUUGCUGGGGCACCCCCUCUCUGCUAGCACCAAGAGAUUAUUUAAUGGGCUAUUUAAUUAAGGGGUAGGAGGGUGCUGUGGGCUGGUCCUGUGGCAUCCAGGAAAGAGGCCAGUAUAGUGUUCUGCCCACUUUUUAUAAAAACUUACAUGUGAUGGGCCCACCAAGGCCUAGACCCAGAACCAGCCUCCCAGGAGGGCGGGGGUGUCAGGAAUGGGUGGGUGCCCUCCAGAGAGGGGGGUGCUACCUCCCAGCAGGCAUGGGAAGAGCACCGGAUAGGGGUUCCACCAAGAGGGGACCUCAUCUAGAAAAGAGGUUAUAAACCUAUCAUUAAACUAUUUUUCCAAAAAUGGAA